CUUCGCUGAAACUUCAACUCCAAGCGAUGGCUUGCGAGAACUCUUCUCCCAGAUCCGCCUUCUUAUUGUUGCUGUGUUUCCUACUUGGAACAGCCUCGGCUCGGCUGUCCAGCACUUUCUACUUCACAUCCUGUCCCAGCGCCCUCCACACCAUUAAGUCCGGCGUGAACUCCGCAGUGUCCAGCGAGGCCCGCAUGGGCGCCUCACUGCUCCGCCUUCACUUCCACGAUUGCUUCGUCAAUGGAUGUGACGCGUCGAUUCUGUUGGACGACACCACGAACUUCACUGGGGAGAAGACCGCCGGCGCGAAUGACAAUUCCAUACGUGGAUACGAGGUGAUCGACACGAUCAAGUCCCAACUGGAGAGCAGCUGCCCUGGGGUCGUGUCCUGUGCUGACAUCUUGGCCGUCGCCGCGCGUGAUUCUAUUGUUGCCUUAGGUGGCCCAAGUUGGAGAGUCUUAUUAGGAAGAAGAGACUCGACCACCGCAAGCCUAAGUGCUGCUAAUAGCGACAUUCCUGCCCCAACUUUGAGCCUUAGCGACCUCAUCACCGCCUUCUCUAACAAAGGCUUCACUGCCAAAGAAAUGGUGGCACUUUCAGGAUCGCACACGAUAGGUCAAGCCCGAUGCACAACUUUCCAGACCCGGCUUUAUAAUGAGAGCGACAUCAACAGCACGUUCGCAACGUCACUAAAAGAAAACUGCCCAAGCUCCGGAGGUGACAACAAUCUCUCUCCUCUCGACACCACAAGCCCGACGUACUUCGACAACGCCUACUUCAAGAAUUUGCAGACCCAAAAGGGGCUUCUUCACUCGGACCAGCAAUUGUUCAGUGGUGGUUCCACAGACGCUCAAGUGAACACUUACAGUAGCAAUUCGGCUACUUUCAUGACAGAUUUUGCUAACGCCAUGGUGAAGAUGGGUAACCUCAGCCCACUCACCGGCUCAAGCGGUCAGAUUAGGAAGAACUGCAGGAAACUCAACUGAUGAUUCUUGUGGGUUUUACUUUUGCUAUCUUUAAAGUCUUGGUAUUACAUCUCUUAUGUUCUCAAGUUUACUUUGAUAAUAAAGGGUCGAAUGUAUUGUCUACCUGAGAUGGUUGGUCCCACUUUUAAU